AGUUCGUCCCCGCCUCCCGAACCUGUUCUUCCUCUCACCUAUCCCCUCCUCCCACCUCAAGCCGCACCUCCAUUUCCCACCUACCAACCACAUCCUGCCCCCUUGACCUGUCCGUCUUCCCCAGACUGACCUAUCCCCUCCCUACCUCCCCACCUAUACUCUCCUCUCCACCUAUCUUCUUUUCUUUCCAUCUUCGGUCCGCCUCCCCCUCUCUCCCUAUUUAUUCCAGAACCCUCACCCCAUCCCCCUCUCUAAUGAAGGGUCUAGGCCCAAAACGUCAGCCUUUGUGCUCCUGAGAUGCUGCUUGGCCUGCUGUGUUCACCCAGCCUCACACUGUGUUAUACAGCAUGAAGCCGUGAAAGGUCUGGGCAGGGAGAUAUGGUGCCUGGAGGUGGGAGUUAUGGAGUGGGAGGGCUGAGUUGAGGGGGCAUUUGUUCACGUGAUGGGCAGUGGAUCUGGAAGGGGGGAUCUGGUGAUCUCACCGAACGAGGCGCUGAUGGACAACACUGUGGUCUGGUCACUGGCUGAUGAAGCCUAGCUGCCAGUGGGCCCUUUCCUGCUGCCCAGUACCUCUCAUGUUUCGUUGCUACUGCACAGGACUGAGUAUCUGGGUCGUUUAUAACCACUGGAAGCAUGACCACACUAUGCUUGCUCCUCGUGUUCUUCGUAGAAGGGAUCUCCCAGAUCACAUACUCAGGGAAAGAGUAUCAUUUGGUCCAGGAGCUGAGGAGCUGGUCUGAAGCUCAGGCCUAUUGCCGGGCUGAGCACACCGAUCUGGCCAGUGUAGUGAGCCCAGCGGAGGGAACGGUCAUUGCUUACCUUCCAGCACAAGAGGAAGGGUCCUGGAUCGGGCUUUAUAACGACGAGCGAUCCUUCGACGGAUGGACGUGGACCACAGGAGAGCCGUUCAGUUACGCCAACUGGGCAGAUUCCUACCCUCAGGAAUUCAACAGCAACUCUCCCGUCUGCGUUUAUAUAAGGCAAGGCCAAUGGUUCGACAUGAAGUGUGAAGCUCCGCUGAGCUUCAUCUGUUACACAGACCUGAAAAGGCCUGUGUAUGCCAUUCCCAACGAGAGCAAACAGUCUUCUCAAGUCGGAAGCCAGAAGGUGGGAAGUUCGUUGGAUGUCAUAAAUAAAAGGCAUUUUAAGCAAACUCGGUUCCAGCCCAUCACGACCGCAGACAGGAUUUACUUCCUCAUCGAGGACGAGAAGACCUGGACGAAGGCCUGGAACCAUUGCCGGAGCCAGUACACCAACCUGGUGAGCGUGAGGAAUGCGGAGGAUGCUCGGAUCAUCGCGUCGCUGCCGCACGAGCCCCAAUGGAUCGGGCUCUACAACGACGGGCUCUCCGGGUGGAUGUGGGCCAAUGGCGACAAGGUCAGCUACACCAAAUGGGCCCUCUGGCACCCCUACACCUUCAACGCCACCCUGCCCAUAUGCGGCGCCAUGCUCGAUGGCGAAUGGCACGAAGCCGACUGUGAUUUCCCGUUUGCCUUCAUCUGCUACAAAGACCUGAGAGCCAAGGCGGAAGUCAGGCCUGCAAAAGUCAGGCCACCUGCAAAACUGAGACAGCCCGCGAGUGACGAAAUCCCUUCUGCUCCGAAAAAGGUCACAAACCACAGUGCUGCUACAAACGUCGGAGCUGGCUCCAAGAGGAUGUACCACAAGAUCCAGCUGGAGAAGACCUGGUCAGAUGCUCGCGAUUACUGCCUGCUCCAUUACACGGGGCUGCUGAGUAUUCGCAACAAACAGGAGAAUGCAGUUGCCAGCAGCCUGUACGAGGACAUCAAGCUGGGCUGGUGCGGUCUGUACAAUGACCAGAAGACAAGCUCUGGCUGGAAGUGGGUGAACGGUGACCCCGUCAGCUACACCAACUGGAAGCCGGGGAACCCCUACCGCUACAACAUCAUGGCCCCGGUCUGCGUCUACAUCCAGGAGGGCAAAUGGAGUGAUGCUCCCUGCCGUUUCCUGUUCCCCUUCGUGUGUUACACCGAGCUUGCAGAACUCCCUGAUGAGCAGACAUCCAGGCCUCAGUUAGCCCCUGAAAAAACUCCUGUCAACGAUGGUGACCAGAAGCAGCCACACAGAGUCUUGCAAAAGGGUUUGGCCGCCAGUGGACUCCAGGAUGUGAACUUGCCCAAGCGGAACUACAUCCUCGUCAAGAAAGAGAAAACGUGGAGCGAGGCGCAGGAUUACUGCCGGGCCCAGCACACUGACCUGCUCAGCGUGCAUCACAUGUCGGAGAACCGCAAAGUCGCCAAGCUCCUCAAGGUGGAUCUGGCCGCCUGGAUCGGCCUGUUCAACGAACACCAGUCUGAGUACGGCUGGAUGUGGACCAACGGGGUACCAGCCACCUUCUUCAACUGGGACCCCUUCUACCCCAUGGAAUUCGCUGCGAUGCCCGUCUGUGUUAUCAUGGUCAAUGAGCACUGGAAGGAUGUGCCUUGUGAUUAUAAGUUUGCUUUCAUCUGUUACUCUGAGAACGAUGCAGCCAGCACGCCUCCGAGUGACUGAAUCAGUCGAUCAAGCUCGGGGGUGGGGAUAGCCCUCAGAAGUCGCCUUCUGCGUUCGAGAAGAGAUUGGGCCAGCUCCCAGCCUCCUCCCUGCCUACCUCGACAAUUCCGAGAUGGAACUCAGGAGUUACAGCGUUGGAUUCCAGCAACAUUUGCAGCCGGAUUCAUGUCAAAUGAAUCACAGUCAACAUUCUGGCAACGUCCCGCUUUCAUGCAGUGAUCGGCCACCCGGCCUGUCUAAUCGGUGGUGGUCUUUGCUUCUCACGUGACCACGUCCACGCCCUUUCUGUCCUCACUCACACAUUUUGCUGGCUGGUCCAGUAUUGGUUGACCAUCUCUCAAUGACCCAGUGAAGACUUUACUGCAUGGCUGUUACCGCUAAAGUUAGGGAUGGGACUUCCAACAUCUUUCCCCAUUUCAACAUAUAUUUCCAAUUCUUUCUCCCUGUUGGGCACUGAUCCGCCUUCCCCGUGUCAUCUGGUGCCAUUUAUGGGGCCACAGAGGGGGAUCUUUGACCCAUCUGGCCCCCACCAACCCAUCUGCACUAGUUCCACUUCCCACCCCUUGGCCCACAAGCUUGAACUGCUCAUCCACAUAAUUUAUGAAGCAUCUCAGUCGCUCUACAAGCUCGCCAGAUCUACAUUCUAGGGCAUCGGGAUUUGCAUUUCGAUUUUUAUUUCACAUGUAAUAGUCAUGACGCUGAGGUCCCUGGUUCUAGUCUCCUGCAAGCUGGAAUGUUUUUUCUGCAUUUCAUCCCAAUGCACCCCAUCAUCAAUUUUCUUUGAAGUGCCCAUGGGGUCAGCCCUGGAUUGGAGAAUGGAGGCCCAGCCAUUCAGUCUUACCUUGGCAUCAUCUUUCCAACCUUCAUCUUUUUUGCCUCAUCUCCAGUGCAAUACUUUUUGUACUACGGGGUACAGAACCAGGUGCGCAGGGUAGCACGGUGGCUUAGCGGCCUCACAGCGCCAGGGACCCAGGUUUGAUUCCAGCCUUCCAGAGUUUGCACAUUCUCUCCGUGUCUUCAUGCAUUUCCUCCAGGUGCUCUUGUUUCCUCCCAGAGUCCAAACAUAUGCAGGUUAGGUUGAUGGGCCAUGCUAAAUUCCCCAUAGUGUCCAGGGAUGUGCACGGAUUAGCCAUGAAAUAUGUAGGGUUUUCGGGUGAGGGGGUGCUGGCUCUAGGUGAGAUGCUCUUUGGUGGGGUGGGGGGUUUCACUGCAGACUCAAUGGGCCAAAUGGCCUCAUGUUGCACCGUAAGGAUUCCUCACCACUGCAUUUCUGGGUUCCACUCCCACCUUUUGUUUUGUUUGGAAAAUUGUGCUAGUCGCCCAACAGUGACAGACACAUAGGCGCCAUUGAAAUGUCUAUUCAGUGCUCCACAUGGCGAUAUUUAUAAAAUCACCAGCCUCAGAACUGACCCCACUCCUCAGCAACUGACCCCAUUGCUGUUCUGUUCCAGGUUGAACACAACCACUUCUCAAAAUGCAAUAACGAUGUGUAAUCUGGUAUUUAUCCUCCAUUAACAGGACUGUGCCAAUGAACCAAAAUAAAGAUGCUU